UUCGAACAAAUCGUUAAAAUCGUAAAGUGCCCCCAAAAGAAAGAUACUUAAAAAAAAGGAAAAGAUCAAAACUUAGUGCAAUAGUUUUAACAAUUACGAAUACUGUAGUUUCGAAUUCGAAUUUUCGUAAUAACCGUUCGAUUCAUUUGGACUUUUCGUGUGACAUAUCGCGCGAAGGAUAACAAACGGGUUGUCAAAAAAUGAGCCCCAAGUUACAUGAAUUCGUGGUGAUUCUCCAACGCGAUGGACCCGAUACUCCAUGGGGUAUUCGUUUGGUGGGCGGCAGUGAUCUGGAUACUCCACUCAUCAUAACUAAAGUUCAAUUAGGUAGUCCAGCGUAUGGAGAAGUUCUUCGAGGAGAUAUUGUUACUAAAAUUGGAGAGUAUGAUUCGCGGGAUAUACGUCACUCAGAUGCUCAAAUGCUUUUUCGCACAGCCGGAAAUGAAAUCAGAAUAGUUGUGUCAAGGGAUAGCAAAAUUGCCUAUACACAGGGCUUGAGUAAUGAAUCUUCAAGAUGUAAUUCUACCAUCCCACCUGUUAGCCCUGUCAACACCGGAAAUACCCCUCAUAGGGGACCAUCACCAUUUCUGCCAGGACCUGGUCAAUAUGAUAGGGCAAUGCACUCACCAGUGAACACUCUGCCACAUACAGUAUUUCCAAAUUUGAAUGAAUCUGGUGGAUAUGUUCCACCAUAUCGUCCAGAUUCGUCAGCAUCACAAAGAUUUAGUCCAAUGCCAACUAGAGACCAUCAACAGGAAGUUCAAGAAGAACAAGCAGCUAUUGUAAAUCAGCCAUACCGAACAACUCCACUGGUUCUUCCCGGUGCUAAGGUAAAGAAGGAUGCUCCAACAACAGAUUCUUACUUGAGGCACUACCCAAAUCCAGCUGUACGUGCCCCACCCGGUCAUGAAUACAAUUACAAUGAUGUUUUAAUGAAGCAACGUGUUGCUGAUACAAUGUUGCACAAAGUUGUUGGCAAGGACGCCGACUCCGGCAGGGUCUUUCAUAAACAAUUCAACUCACCAAUUGGCUUGUACUCAGAUAACAAUAUUGAAAACACAAUCAGGCAAACCGUUCCACAAUGGUGUAGUCCUUUACAUCGACCCUUGCCAUCAAAGCUUGACCGUUAUAAGAAAACACUUCAAUAUGAUCCAUCGAAAAGUGAAACAUACAGAGCAAUCCAAGAGGAAGGUUAUGGCUAUGGCGAUGCAGCGUCUGAAUUGUCGAAUCCAGUGCAACCAAAGGUCUUCCACCCAAAUAGAAUGGUUCCGGGAAAGAAACCACCUUCCUCACCACACCCAGCGUCAGUUUCAAGUGCCUCGCCGUACAAUGUGGUAAACUCACACGAUGAUUCAAUCCGUCAAAGUGGAUCAUUCAAUCGCUUGAUGUACAGCGUUCUAGGAACAACUGAUUACUAAAAAAUAAUCAAUCAAUUUUAAUUUAUAAUUUACAUACAUAACUACACAAAAAUAUAUAAACUAACAUGAACACAAAACCAAAAAUAAAGUUAUUAAGAAAACCAUAACUAAAUUAUUAAAAAAAGAAUAUUGAAUUUAUUUACAGUAAAGUAAAUAUUGUAAUGAAAAUGUUUUUUUCUGGAUGAUGAUGAGUUGAAAAACCUCUGGAGUUAUAAAAAAUUAAAAUUUAUUGUAUUAAAACAAAAAAAACGACUAUUAAACCAAAAAUAAUAAUUUUCUUUAUAGAUAAUAAAAUUUAAACAAACGAAACAUUUAUUUUUACUUUUAUUUUUAUUUUUAAAUUUAAUUUGUUAUUUUUUUUUAAUUGAAUCAAAUUACAGAGAUACAUAUAUUUUAUUUAUUUUUUAUAAAUCUUUAUUUUAUAGAUUGUAUACAAUUUUAAAAUAGAAUACAAAAUUCAUUUAUUAUACAAAAACAAAAAUUUAUUGAAUUUGAAAGAUAUAAAUAAAGCUUUAUUUUUAAUUUAUUAUUUAUUUAAAUAUAUAUUUUUAGGUCAAAUGUUUUAUUUUUGCUCAAUGCCUUAUAAAGUGUACUUGACAAAUAGAAAAUGGGUGUCAUCUAGUCAAAUCGAAAUAAAGAAUUUAUAGAAUUGGCAAUAAUUUAUUGAUGUAAUAAUUUAUUAUCUAGAUACCUUUUAAACAGCUACUUGCAACUCUAAUUCGUUAUUUAAAAUAAAACUUUAAAUUUAUUACGAAUAACAAUUUUGAAUAAAAUUUAAUUCGAAAACUUGAA